ACAUAAAGCCUUGCAAAAUUACAUGGCUUACAUCAAAUAGAGACCGAUUUUGCUGUUUAGCAGACCUCAUCGAACAAAAUAUGGAUAAUUCGUAUGAAUUUGAACAUGAUUACGUUGAGAAUGCGGGGGAUGAAGACGAGGAGGACAUUGAUGACAUCUUGAAUGAUCUUGAUGUUGAUGAAGAGGACGACGAUGAAGGCAAUGAUAGCGAUGAACAGAAGACGAGGAAGAGUUUCUUCAAUGAGGAAGAGUGGGUUCCUGUUGAUACGAAGAAGGCCAUGCCGCCAAAAGAAUUGCUUGUCACUCAUGUUAAUCAGACAAAAGAUCUCAUGAGAGUGAGAGAUGUAUCUGCCUCUUAUAGUGAAAACCAGCACUCGGGAGAAUGGCUGGAGUCCCACAGUAUCGAAUCUUUACAACUGACAAUCCAACAACUGGUCGAAAAAGGAAAAGUCGGAAAUCCUGCUGUCAAUAAGGAGAACGGGAAGUUAAGUCAGCACAUCCAGUUUGAAGCUCAAGACAUCAAUGAAUUUGAGUACAAAUUACACAUGGCAAUUGAAACUUACACAAAAAGAAUCAAAUGGUUACUACAGGGUAGUAAGCGAACAUUCGGUAUGGUCAAAGGGAACAAGGUUGCCGUGUGUAUUGAUACAUCUGAUGCCAAUACGGGCUUUGGUCGCCUGUCUGCCUUCCAAGACUCUUUGAUGCAUCUGAUUGAUGAACAGUUAGCCAAGAAGAAGAGUCUGUACAUCACCAGCUUUGGCUCGGACGUCAACCCGCUCUGGGACGUGGUCAGAGAUGUCAAUUGUAGAACUGUGGAGGAAGCCAAGGAGUUUGUGAUGGGCCUGCGCCCCAGUGGCGGUUGUAACCUUCUCAAGGCAAUGAAACAAGUUAUGAAACUCAAGGACAUCAAUUCAAUUCUUCUUGUUUUGGGCAGCGUGCCUGACCAAAGUUCCGAGAUUCUCUGCGAUUACAUCAACCAGAUGGGGGCUGGGAAAGAAAUGCCUCUUCACACGGUUGCCUAUGACUGCAGCAAUCAUCUCACAAACCUCACGCUCCGAAAGGUUGCUGAAGAAUCCAGUGGCCGAUAUCAUUGCUAUACCGCCACUUGUGAGGAGCAGAUCUACACCGGGACCGAUAUCAGCGUGCUCUUGAAGGAGAUCCAGAAAGCGCAGGAUGUCAUCAAUAAGAUCAAGGAGAUGAGACAGGGGAUGAUGGGGAGUGCGUUAGUUAGUAUACUGAAUGAGAUUUCCCUCGAAGUAGCCAAGCUACCUCAGUCAAGAUUCUUGCCCCGUCCACCUGGCCAUGACCAACCACUCAAAAUCACACAGCCAAAAUUCCAUCCGUCCUCAUCAGCUGACUGGCUCGCACAACAUGGGCUCAAAGCCAAAGGUCUUGAUUUGUAUCAAGUUCUAUCCCCUAACGCAUAUUCAUACAAGGAGGAAUUCAUCCCGGUCAUUAGGAAGACUGUCAUCUCACAGGUGCAUGAGAAAGCCAUGGCUCAGUUCCAGUGGCACGACGGAAGCAUGAAGAACAUCCACGUUGACAUGACGCAGCUUUUCGAGUACCAGAAACAGCUCGGAGCUGGGGUGAAACUCUACGAGAAGAGGGUCAACUGGCUCUCCAGUGUCAGCAGGAAAAUAUUUGGAACUAUUGUCGACAAAAACCUGGUGAUUCUUGUAGAUCUCUCUAUCUCGAAUAUCAACUACUUGGUUCACAUCCAGCAUUCCAUACGAAUCCUUCUUGAGCAGCAAAUGGCCAACAAGGGAUACUUUAACAUCAUAGGCUUUGGAAGUCAAGCUACUUCUUGGAAGCCGACCAUGAUGAAAGUGACAGAAGAAAAUCUCCAGAGUGCCUGGAAGUGGGUUUUGGACAUGCAGUGUUCAGGCAGCAGGAACUUUAUGUCAGCCUUACGCUUAGCAGUUGAAAAUGAUGAGGAGAAGAAGCAUCAUAUAGAGGUUGAGGGUAUCUAUCUGUUCACGAGUGGUAUCCCCGACCAGCCAGCAGACGUCAUCUGUCAGUACGUCGAGGAAUCCGUAGCAGGACGAGAUAUCAAGUUACAUAGCGUGCUAUUCAAUGUGGACGACUACGACGCCUCUGGUGCUAUACCAGGACGAUAUGCUAAUAUCACAAAGACGGCGGAUGCAUUGAGAACAUUGGCGCAUUGCUCUAACGGUCGUUUCCAUUGGUUCAGAGAGUUAGGUAUCAUAGAAAGUGAUGACAUCUCCCUGGUGUCGGCCGAGAUCGAGAAAGCUAUCAACUUCUCCAAGAAAUGUGCCAUGUUGGUCGACUCAGUCAAGAGGAAGUAUGGCAAGAAGAUCAUCAUCAGGGAUGAUGAUAUCCAGGACCUGAAGCCUAUUGGUGGACCACAGAAGCUGAAGGCACUUCUUCCUCCAAAACCAACAGCACUUUCAUUGGCCAGACAGAUGUUGACCGACAAGGAUGACGAAAAGCCACGCUCGCGACCAUCAAGUGCGCGGAAGGAACUAACUGUCUCCGUCCCCUGUAGGCGGCGCCCCCACUCUGCCAAAGAUCCCAUGCUCUCGGUCAGGUCGGGAAAAAAAGUUGUGCAAUCUGCAUUCUACACGGAAGAUAAAACGUCCAGGCCAGCCAGUUAUGGAAUGACCUUCAAGAAGUACCCCGGUCAGCGAUCUGUAAGAAAGGCCAUUCCAGCGCCCGUCAUCCCCAGCAAGGAGGACCAAGUCGCAUCUAAGGAAUGGCUCAAGAUGUACAGCCUCAACAAACUCAAACUAGAUCUGGAUAAACUGGUUUCAGGACCCGAUUGUAAACACAUUGAGAAACAAGUGAAGAGCCUUCACAGACACGUGUCCGCAAAGUACUGCACCAUCUUCCCGAGCGUGAAUGUGAGAGGGACGGUCAAACAUCUACAGCUUCUUCCUCACGAGUUGAACAGAUAUGAGGAGGUGUUGAUGCUGGUGUUGAAGAGGUACUUGAGACGCUUGCAGUGGCUGCUCAGUGGCAGUAGACGCGUGUUUGGUACCGUCGCUCACAGAAAGUGCAUGAUUCUUGUCGAUACGUCUGGUUCGAUGGAGGGUCACAUGGCUGAGCUGAAGAAAGAGCUUGCUUCGCUAAUCUGGGACCAGCUGCACUCGAUACAGGCCAAAUUCAAUCUGAUCCGUUUCUCUGGCUCCUGCGAGGUGUGGCAAGACCAGCUGUUACAUGCGACAGACGAGAACUGCCACAACGCCGUCCGAUGGGUGUCGACACUCCGAGCUGGAGGGAACACAUGCACACUGGAUGCUCUCGAGCUUGCUUUCAUGGAUAACGAGGUGGAGGCAGUGUAUCUGCUGACUGACGGCAAGCCCGAUAACUCCACCGCGAUGGUCCUGAGGGAGGUGGCCAGGAUGAACGCCAACAGACAUGUGGCAGUCAAUACAAUAUCGUUUAACUGCUCAGACAGCACGGCCAAUAAUUUCUUGAAGCUGUUAGCUGUGGAGACUGGUGGGAGAUACCACAGGUGUCAUAGUGAGUUCGAUGCAGAAAUGUUUGCUCAUAAGAUCCUGUCGCAAGGAGUGGAUGAUGUGGAGUAUCCACACCUGCCUGACUUUGAGGGAGAUGAUCUCAGAAGACUCGGGGCCGAGAUUGCCCAGGCGAGGCGCUUCCUGGCCCAAGCUCGACAGUAUAGGUCACUCAUUGAGAAACACAGCACAAACAACGCUGACCACGAUACCAACAGGAAUGACCAAACACAAAUGCCAUCAAGACCUCAUUUUGUGAUAGGGAGACCAAAAAGUGCCAAAUACUAGAAGAACUCUGUGGAAAGCUUCAUGUGUGCUAUCAACCUAUUGAUUAGUGCAUUGAAACUAUUGUUCUGCAUGCAGCAUUAACUCUUUCAGCCCGUAACUCGUUUGAUUUGAAAACCGAGGCAAGUUUCAGAAAAUCUGACUUUCAAAAUGAGCAGACGAUAGCACUGAUUGCAUGAUUGCAGCGCCAUCUGUAAACUACAAAUCCAAUUAUAAUCGAUUGAAAAGCUCGUCGACACAUUGUCAUAUGUUGCUUGAGUCGCCACAAGUGUACUUAAGGGUGAAGGCAUCAUAAAUGACUGUGCGGGGAAUUUGAAUUUGAAAAACCGCGAGUAUACGGUCUGCGGCUGUGAAAUCAAACAUUGCGGACCGUGUAUAUACGGCUUGCGGACUGAAAGAGUUGCCAGGCUUGCCUCCUGGACUUGAAACCUGAGUAACAUCAUCCCAAUCUUUCUCAACUGAGAUGUGGCACAGCAUCAAGUGUUGUCAGCGCUGCAUGCAGGAGGAUUAUUGGCAGGAGUGAGGUGGACCAGUUUAAGUUUCACGAAGUCAACAAUAGGUGUCACUGCUUAUUACUGGUCUGGAAAGUCCUGCGGGAUUUGGGAAAUGAUUGAGAACUGUGUUAAUGGUAUGCCCAAAUCAUGCUCAGUAUUUGGAUUAGAAAAGUCCUAAUACCAAAUGUGUGUGUGUUGUAAAGCAUCCUCUUUCGUUUUACUCUUUUUCACUUCUAUAAGGUCAGUGACAGAUAUUCAAUUCUUGCCACUUUACUUGUCUUUCUACAAGGAUAUUGUUCCGAGGAGUACCAGGGGGCAAUGGUGAUGAACCUACCAGUCAGGCUGUAGUGUUUGUGAACAAUUCAGUGCAUACUUGUGCGAGAUGUGUGUUUAAAGAUCAACUGACCUAUAUAGUGAUGUAGAGCAUCUUUAGUUUUUUCGAAAAAAGUCCAGCGUAAAUCCGCCCGACCGGGUUCAGAACCCACACAGACUUUUUAUGGCUUGGGAGAUUUUUAUUUCAAAUGCUUCUUUUUCGA